AUAUUUAUCUACAUGCAUGCAUGUAUCUAAGUUGAUGUAGUCAUGUUUCGGGCAUUUUUGAUAUUUAAAGUUCUACACAUCACAUACGGAUAUGAAAACAUCGCCUUAAAUAAACCUUCAUACGAAACCCAUGAGUUUAGCAUUCCUAAGUAUCGGAGAGACACAUUUGACUCAAGCAAUGCAGUUGAUGGUCUUAAAGCUGACCUCUCGGUGUUCGGCGGUCAAUGUGCAAUAUCAGCGGAUGGAUACAAAGACGCCACCUGGUGGGUAAACCUGACGUCCAUCCACAGUAUUCAUGAUAUAAGGAUAUAUUACAGGACGGACAACAACGAUUGGGGUUCUUCGAAUGGAUUCACCUCAAGGUUUUUGGGAUUUUAUGUUUAUAUCUCUAACACAACAGACAGAUUAGAUGGUCAUCUAUGUUUUCACGAUACAAAUUACUCUACAAAAACAAUUCCAGCUAUCGUUGAUAUAAAUUGCACUGUUCAUGGCCAAUAUGUCAUAUACUAUAACGAGAGACCACAAAACUCGCCUUAUUCCAGGCAGUAUUCAUCAGAUGCUCACGUUGAAUUGUGUGAAGUGGAAGUGAAUGGUUGCAACAAUACGGGAUACUAUGGAGGGAAUUGUUCCCUUCCCUGUCCUAAGAACUGUCAAAGUGGCUACUGUCACAUUGAGACGGGUGUUUGUCUAAGUUGUCAAUGCAAAUUACAAUGCGAUGGUGGCAGAUAUGGUCAAGGUUGUGGACAGAAAUGUGGAGCCUGUCUGGGUUACAAACAAUGUAAUCACGUCAAUGGUUCUUGUCUUGAGGGCUGUGACUCUGGAUUUGAGGGAGAAUUGUGUAAAUCUGGUUGCUCGGAUGGAAGAUUUGGAAUUAACUGUGAACAUAAAUGUAAUGUUAACUGUGGCGUGCCAUAUCAAUGUAACAGAGCCACAGGAGAAUGUGAGGGUGGAUGUCAACCAGGCUGGGAGGGAGCUCGAUGCUAUGAUGUUUGCAAAGAAAAUAAGUACGGUGAAAACUGCAUUCAUUCAUGCGGCUUUUGUCGGUUCUCAACUUGUCAGCAUUUAAAUGGAUCCUGCGAAGAAGGAUGUAAGGAAGGAUAUCAAGGAACAUUUUGUAAACAAGUGUGUGAUGCAGGAUUUUAUGGAGACGACUGCAAACAGGAGUGCAGCAUUUUCUGCAAAACAUCACAUGACUGUCACCACGUGACUGGACAUUGUAACAAAGGCUGUACUGCUGGAUGGAAAGGUUUUACAUGCAUGCAAGAGGAAAUUGACGGAUCAAGAUUUUAUGGUGUCCUUGUUGCUUUGCUGAUCUGUAUAGCUGUAAUCGUGGCUUUAGUUAUCUAAAUAUGUAUUAAAAGGGUUCAAAGAAAGAAAAAAGAAAAACAGGACAAAAACACGUGUAAAGAAGGUUGUUCGACAACCGUCAAUCAAUUGUACGUUGUUCAUCAAGAUACCAAGAAUGGAGAUGGUCAUGCAUAUAAUAAGUCACAGGGCUUUGACCUUAAAACUGUUUCCAGUAACAUGGAUAUAAAUGACUCAAAGAAUAACUUACAGCUUGACGAUAUGAAAGCCUCAGGCUAUACAGUGCCACGUCCAGCGUUAACUAACGAAUAACACGUCAUGUUUUACUUUAUAGCUUUAUUAUCGCAACCCUGUACUUGGUGAGGCACUUAAUAUAAAGUUGUUAGUGUAAAGUAGAUUGAUAUACAGUUAUUGGGUUAAGGCACUUACUGAACAUGACUACAACUUUUGAGUAAACAAAAAUGUAUAAUUACUACGAUUGUUAUUUCAUAUAAUGUUUUCUGAUUAUAAAUUAGUGAAUUCCUUCAUUU